AUGCAUCCUGAAGAGGAGCUUCUGGCUGCGCAGGCUUUGGAACAGCUCCGGUACCCGCGGAAGAGUGUCUCUGUACCCGAGAGCCCUCUGGGUACACGCCAGAAUGAAGAUAUUAUCAUGUUAUCACAAACGGAGAGCAACCAAGCUGUUGCUCGAGCAGACCGUGAGGUCGAGAGAUCAGAGGUGGACGAUACCCUCCCGAAGAGUGAGUCGAAUUCACUCUGGAAAAGCAUGAUUGCCACUGCUACGGCAAUGGUAAUUCCGGCCCAGGAAACACAAAAGCGUCUUACUUACUUUUUGCGCAUGUUACGGCUAGCAAACGAGCAUCUUUCGCAGAAAGUCACUGCUCUACAAGAAGUCGUCGACGCAGAAAACCAAGGUAUCGAACCCAAAAUUAGCGCGAGUGCCGUCAAGCAAGAUAUUGUGGCCACUGUGCGUAAAUCUAUGGACGUUAUCAUGACUUUUGCUAGUGAUUCGCUCCCAGAACGUGCUCGAUAUGCAGUCCGAUUCUGUCUACUGUCUUUGCCCCAACGAUGGGCUUGUUCUAUGGAUGCGGAUACCGAUGCUAAUCACGCCGGUGAGUCGGCAGCAUUGAGUUUGGCAACAGAGGCUCUGGCCAUGAUCCAAACUAUCACGGGCAUUGUGGAUUCAACUCUUACUCGGGCCGAUAGCUGGUGCCAGAAUCUCGGCAAGCGGCCGCGGUCGGACGCCGACCCAGACGAAGAGACAGACAAUGCGAGAAUUCGUUCCGCAUUGGCCUUACCUCCACUGGUAGCUACUACAAGCACCGACAGCGAAGGUUCGAUCCGUCCCCUGUCGCCAAAAUUCGCACCCCUCUAA